AAAUCGGCGGCUGCCGCCCCGAGCGCUCGGAGGUGAAGGCACCCGGAGGGAAGGCCGGGCCGCGGCCGAGCUCCUGGCGCCGGCUCUGCCCUGCCCGCCGCCCGGGCUGGGACGCGCGGAUGCCCCAGCUCUGGCCUCUCCAGCCUGAAACUUGCCCCGCGAAGUCCCCCGGCCGCCUGGCCGCGCCAUGAAGCGCCGGCUCGGACACGCGCCCCACGGGGUCCCCGAGCCCUGCGCGUGACUGCCGGGCCCGCCUGUGCCCCGCACCCGCCGCGCCCCGCCGUGCGCGCGCCGCCGCCAGGAUGCGCUACGCCGACCCCUCGGCCAACCGGGAUCUGCUGGGGAACCGAACUUUGCUCUUCAUCUUCAUCUGCGCCUUCGCACUGGUGACCUUGCUGCAACAGAUACUGUACGGCAGGAACUACAUCAAGAGAGGACUCCAGUCUGGCUGGCAGAGUGAUGACCCACUGGCCAAUUGGACGGGGCUCUUUAAUGUCACCGACGACCAAGCAGUGCAGAGCGGCAGUGACUCCAGCUCCAGGUACUUUGAAUUUUACAAGGGGCCUUUUGAAUAUAACUCCUCGAGAUGCCUGGAGCUGAGGCACGAAAUCCUGGAAGUGAAGGUGCUGUCCAUGGUGAAGCAGUCGGAGCUGUUCGACAGGUGGAGGAGCCUCCAGAUGUGCAAGUGGGCAAUGAACAUCUCUGAAGCCAACCAGUUCAAGUCCACUUUGUCCAGGUGCUGCAAUGCCCCCUCCUUCCUCUUCACCACCCAGAAGAACACUCCCCUAGGGACAAAGCUCAAGUAUGAGGUGGACACCAGCGGCAUCUACCACAUCAACCAGGAGAUCUUCCGCAUGUUCCCCAAGGACAUGCCUUACUACCGGUCCCAGUUUAAGAAGUGUGCAGUGGUGGGCAACGGAGGCAUCCUAAAGAACAGCCGCUGCGGCAGGGAGAUCAACAGUGCUGACUUCGUGUUCCGGUGCAAUCUACCCCCCAUCUCGGAGAAGUACACCAUGGAUGUGGGAGUAAAGACGGAUGUGGUCACUGUGAACCCCAGCAUCAUCACAGAGAGGUUCCACAAGCUGGAGAAAUGGCGGCGGCCCUUCUACCGAGUGCUGCAAGUAUACGAGAACGCGUCAGUGCUGCUGCCCGCCUUCUACAACACGCGCAACACCGACGUGUCCAUCCGCGUCAAGUACGUGCUGGACGACUUCGAGUCGCCGCAGGCUGUCUACUACUUCCACCCUCAGUACUUGGUCAACGUGUCGCGCUACUGGCUCAGCCUGGGCGUGCGCGCCAAGCGCAUUAGCACCGGCCUCAUCCUGGCCACCGCGGCGCUCGAGCUCUGUGAGGAAGUGCACCUCUUCGGUUUCUGGGCCUUCCCCAUGAACCCCUCGGGCCUCUACAUCACCCACCACUACUACGACAACGUCAAGCCCCGGCCCGGCUUCCACGCCAUGCCCUCCGAGAUCUUCAACUUCUUGCACCUGCACAGCCGCGGCAUCCUCCGCGUCCACACGGGCACCUGCAGCUGCUGCUGAUGGCGGCGCCGCCAGGCUGCUUGGGCUACACCCCCGGCCACCAGAACCUUCUCUUCUUCUCUUCCUCCUGGUGGAACUGGGAGCUGGAGGCCAGGCAGCGCGGGGCCUGGCCUUGAGGGAGCCCCUCCCUCAAUAGUUCAGCUUUGUGCUUGGGUCCCAUGGGGCUCGGAGGCAAGGGUGGGAGCUGGGGCAGAGGCAGCUUGGUCUGAGCUUCCUGGGCCUCCAUCCACGGGGAGCAUGCUGCUAGGCCACACUCCAAGAUCAGGGGGCCCUCAGGGGCUGCAAGUGAAUAAAGCACAUUUCCACUCAAUUUUAGCAAUCGAGAGAGCACAACUGUAGCGGCCUUGUCACUGCUAAAGGAAGGCCCUAC